CUUGAAAAGAGUGUUGAGUUCCGUGAGGUGGACAUAAGUGAUAUGCCAAAGGAUCUUAAAAAAGUCCAGCAUGAAGCCGAAGAGCUUAAAAUGCAACUCCUAUACCAGGAACAUUACAGUAGAAGGGAGAAUCUUAUGUUUCCUGGAAUCCAGGAAAAUGAUGCGCCGAUCGACACCGAAAGAGAGACGGAGAAUAAUAACGUGGAGAAUACAAAAGAGGUGAUUUAUAAUUUUCUGCAGAAAGAGCUUGGCUUCGAGAAUGCCCCCAGUAGAUUCGAAUUUCAGCGGAUUCAUCGAGUGGGGAAA